AUGGGCUAUGUUGGAAAUGUCAGCUAUCCUGAUACAAUUCCUGGUCAGGGAAAUUUGGUUUUUGAAGCAAGUUUUGAAUCUGGAAAUUUGGGACGAGUCGACAAAGUUUCCUGUUCAGAAUAUGAUUUAUUCAUUCGACCUGACACUUUGAAUAAUAAAUAUAGAGUUUGGUUCUAUUUUGAAUGCAAAAAUGCAUCUGAAAAUCAGCGGGCGAUCUUCAAUAUUGUGAACUUUUCAAAACAAAGAACACUAUUCGAAAUGGGAAUUGCAGCACCUGUAGUCAAAUCAAAUGCUCAAAAUAGUUGGGCUCGAAUCCCAUCUCGCCAUAUCUACUACUACCGUAGUUCCCAACACAAUGAUCGUUGGAUUCUUUCAUUUGCUUUCAUAUUUGAAUCACCAGAUCCUGUUCAAUUUGCAUACUGUAUACCGUAUACUUAUGGACAAAUGCAGAUAUGGUUGAAUGAGUUGGAAUCCAGAAAAUACCCAUUUUUUCAUAGAGAUCUUUUGGUUCAAACUGUGCAAAAACGUCGUGUCGACUUGAUAACAAUUGAUGCAACACCUGACACAUUCCAAGGAUCCAAGAAAAUGAUUUUUCUAACUGCGCGAGUUCAUCCUGGAGAGUCACCGAGUAGUCAUGUUAUGCAUGGAAUUAUUGAAUUUCUUGUUUCCAAAGAUGAUCGAGCACAGAAGUUGAGAAAAGUUUAUUGUUUCAAAAUUAUUCCAAUGCUUAAUCCAGAUGGCGUUUUUCUCGGAAAUUAUAGAUGUUCUCUAAUGGGUCAUGACUUGAAUAGAAUGUGGAGAACCCCUUCAGAUUGGGCUCAUCCUUCAAUUUAUGCUGUGAAGAAUUUACUGACGCAAUAUGAUAAUAAUCCGCAAGCCCAAACUGUAAUCUACGUUGAUCUACAUGCCCAUUCUCAGAAGCCAAAUUGUUUUUUGUAUGGAAAUGUGAAUAUGUCAGCUGUCGAAGAAAAAUCGACUUUCCGGCAGUUAUGGCUUCCGCAUUUGCUGGCAGAUCUUUCCGAAGAUUAUUCGCUCGAGUUCACUCAAUUCAACACGGAUGUGGAGAAGGCUGGUACUGGCAGAAGAACGAUGGGAGAUCUACUUUCCUGCCUUUGCUAUACACUUGAAGUAUCAUUCUUCUCUUAUCGCCAUACAGACUCUUCUGGAAAUGGAAUACAACAUUGUACGCCAUAUCUUCAAUAUAAAUAUGAAGCUCUCGGCGAGGCAUUUUGCAGAGCACUUCUCAACUUCUAUGAAGCCGACUGUGGACUACGAGAGAUUGUGCUCGAACGUCCCUUUAAGACUUUUCUACCCGCCCGCGCCCAGAAAACUUUGAAAAAGCAAGCGAGGAAGGUGAUUCAGACUGUGAUGAUGAAAUGAAUUGGCGCCCACAUUAGAACUGAUAAAGACCAUUGAAAUGCAAUUUUUUUUUGUUUGUCAAUAAAUA